AGGCGCUUCACCGAGGCGGCGGAAGCGGAGAGCUACAGCGUCCCGGUAACCACGAACCCCUGUCUCCGAUUCUUUCUCACCCUGAGCUGGUGCUGGUUGUCCCCUGUCUCUUUCCUCCCACUCGGGAGAGGCCCCUCUUUUCUCCCGUGUGUUAACGCUGUUUUCUUUUCCUCACGUGACGCGCGGGGCAGGCCCCCGCCUGGGGCGGGGGUUAUUGGGAAGCUUCCGCCCUUCGACCUGUUGGAGCCCCUGGGCGGGAGGGCCUUUCUCCGGUCCCUUCUGUUUUCUAAGGGGCCACAGGCCUGCCUUGGGCCUCGGUCCUAAUGCUUCUCGUAAAAAUCGUCUCCAGUCCACAGAUCAAAGUGGUGCCAUGCAGCAAGAAGCAGAGAGAUGCAGAGUUCGAACCAAAAGGCCUGACAUGGCACUUUAUGUACCUAAAGCUCGAAGGGGAGCAGCUCUCCUCAAGUCAGGUGACCAGGAAGAAAACCAGGGGCCUCCUGCCUUUGUGCUGAGAGAACAAAAAGAAGAUUGUCUUCCUCAGAAGACUUCUACAAGCAAACCCGAGUCCCACAGACUAAGUGCAGGUCAAUCUGGUAGAAAGGAUAGUAACUGUAGGGAAGGAAAGAGAUCUCCACCAAAACUAAGGAAAGACAGGUCCCCACCAAAAAGGAAUAAAGAGAAGGCUUGUUCUAAGAGAGGAACUGGAAAACCCAUAGAUGCCUCAUCCCAAGAACAUCAGAACAGUGCUCACGAUGCUGCGGCUGUAUCUAGCAUACCUUUACGAAGACUUUUUAAACCAAAGGAGAUGGAGUGUGUGGAAGUUCAGACUUCAGGAGGGACAGGACCCUGGGGGGUGCCUCCAUCACAGUCUUCCUCAGAAGUCAGUGCUGCACAGGUUCCAAACAGACCGUUCCAGAACGUGGAACUCUGUGAUUUCAGUGGGGAAACUUUUGUAAAUAGAAAUUUGGAAAGCAGCAUUGUAACUGAGGCCAAAGUUAUGGAACUAGUCUCUCAGUUUCCUCAAGUUGUUACAACUAUGCUGAAACCAGAUGGUAUGGCUAUGCCAGGGACACUAAGUUCUGAUUCUGAAACUGCACCGUAUGGUGUGGAAACAUCACAUGGGAUGUCAAAGCACAGUCCUGGGAACAUCUCUGCAAUUUCUGUUCCUGGAGAGCCAGAUGAUGCUGCGCAUCCAACUUUUGUAGACUUCGAAGCUGAAAGUGAGAGUACAGUCAACAGUACAGAGUCUGUCUUGGGUCAAAAUGGUGUAGAUUCCAUUUCUGAGACUAUGGGUAACGUUUCUCUUAAAAUGGCUAUAGUCAGCAAGCUAGAGAGCACAAAUGGUAUUAUUGACCCAGCAGUGACUGGAGAGUGUGGGAAUGACAGCUCUGCUGAUGAGUUGUGUGUGAAGUCUGAACCUUCCGAUACAGUGGACCUUGUUCAUGAAAUAGACACAGGUAAUGGAUUUAGGGAUGUAUGCGACAGUGCCAGCAAGGCAGGUAUGGUGGACAUUGCAGGUACAGUUUGUGACCCUGUGACUGUAGGCAGCCCUUGUACAGCUGCAGUUAGAGAAUCUGGUGAGAGUAGUGGCAACAUGAGAAAUUCCUCAGAUUAUAUAGAAAUGAGUGCAGAUGUAGCCCGACUUGAUUCAGCUAAGAGUGAGACGAACUCUGAAAACAGUAGCAGCCUAAAUGCUUGCUCAGAUAUUUAUGCUGGGAGUAUUGCAUCUGGUUUUACAGCGUCAACAGGAAAGUUGACAGAAAGUGUGCCAGAUUGUGCUUCCUCUUUACCCAUAAAGAAGACUGCUGAUAGUGACAUUACCCCUUGUCUGGACUCUGAACUGAGCAUGUCGAAUGGAUCAGGCAUACUUGUGGAGAGUGCCUUGGCCAGUGAUCUGGAUACUACUGAGGAGAUGACAGAGGCCUUGCAUGACCUAAGAACUGCUGAAGAAUUUAAAACAAAAGAGGAAGAUGACUCAGAGAGUAGAGUGUGUGGCAUACCAUUUUCUGAUUCAUCUGUGGACACAUCUGUAGGUCUAAAAACAACAGAUACUUCUCAUACACAAGGAAGUAUUGCUGUGGAGGAAAGCUGGGAGUCUAUGUUUAAUGAUGAUGGUGAUUGUGUAGACCCUCGUCUUCUACAAGAGUUAUCAGGAAAUAUGAAGAACAGAAAAAGUAUCCAGGAGCCUAGAUUUGAUUAUUACAACCAUGAACUUCCUGAUAUUGACCUCAGUGAAUGUGAAUUCCCACAUGUCAUUGAAAUUUAUGACUUUCCUCAAGAAUUUCGUACAGAAGACCUUUUGCGGAUUUUCUGCAGUUACCAAAAGAAAGGAUUUGAUAUUAAAUGGGUAGAUGAUACUCAUGCCUUAGGAGUUUUCUCCAGUCCAAUCGCAGCUCGAGAUGCCCUGGGUAUUAAGCAUACCAUGGUGAAGAUCCGGCCCUUGUCACAGGCCACAAGAGCAGCCAAGGCCAAGGCUAGGGCUUGUGCUGAGUUUCUCCAGCCAGCAAAGGAGCGACCUGAGACUUCAGCGGCCUUAGCCAGACGGCUGGUCAUCAGUGCCCUUGGGGUUCGAAGCAGACAGAGCAAAACUGAACGGGAAGCCGAACUCAGGAAGCUGCAGGAAGCCCGAGAAAGAAAACGACUGGAAGCCAAGCAACGGGAAGAUAUCUGGGAAGGCAGAGACCAAUCUGUGGUUUGAACAUCACUUACUCAAAGGAAUGAAUCCAUGGAUUAGGAUGUGUUUGAUAUUCUUGAGACAAGAGGAUCUUUCCAGAGCUGUGCACAUGCAGAUGAGCAUGUUAAAGAAAACGGGAACAAGACAGAAGACUGGAGGGCUUAGAGAGAACGAGCAGUCCAGUCCUCACUCCUGAAUUCAGACCUGUCCACUGGAGUAGAGAUGUUAACAGGCACUGUCGGAGGAAGGAAAAUGGAAGAAGUGGCUUUCUAAGAGUCCUGUGUGGAGCAGGCCAUGUUAGUGUGGGUCCCGCCUCCAGGAAGUCUGAAGCAAAUGUAAAGCAAAACAGAGGAUUCGAGCCUGCAGUGACAGGAGUUGGAGGUCCAUGGCAGGGUGUUCCUCAGUACUUCAGAGUUGAGCACUGCAGAAUUAGGACAGUAAGGGGAAGUGGAAGCAACUCCCAGACACGAGUGCCUGGUGCACCGGGCACGGGCAGAGACUACACUGCUGGCUGCAGAACUCCAAAGCCACUGACCCUUCGGCACAUCGUGGGCAUUCGGACUCCUGAGUUUGUACUAAGCUUGGUGUCUGGCACUGUUCCAGCUACACGGCAGCCAGGGGUCUGCCACCUACCUUCCUCAUGAAGACCAGUCCUAGGAGCUGAGUGCCAGCUCCAGUUUAAUCAGUGAUAUGUUGUGAGAGGGAGAAAUUAAAGGCUAUUUUAUAACAUAAA